AUGCAGGACGAUCGACCGACGGCAGCAACGGCCAACGAUCAGCAAGAGAACGAGGAGGACGCCUUGCCCGAUUGGAGGCAGUUUGCCACGUUUGCAAAGUCAGUACGCCGAGCAGCAUCAGGCUCAGCGCUCGGAUCAGUCCCAGCGCUCUACCAAGCGGUCCCGCACACGCUAAGCUUCCUUCCCGUUCGCGACCCAACAGUAAAUUCACGGCCCAAGACGACUACUCCCACGUCUCCGCAGUCCCUUUCAUCCCCAAACGCGGCGAAAAGGACUUUGAGCCCGUGCCUCCGUCCUCCUCGCUCCCCGCCUCCAGCGACCUAGCCACGCUCUCCUCCCACCAAAUAUCCCAACUCAACGAAUCCCGUGCAGCGCUCUUCAGCGCCCUCUCCACCGGCUCACGACACCACAGUUCAAAGGCGUACAAUUCGUUCACUUGGGAUCCACAGUUGGCGCGAGCCGCGCUCGAUCGCGAUCAAUCAUUUGGUGUUCAUUUGGGCUCGAUGGGCAGGCAUUCGAGUGAGAGAAAGAGGCUGGAGUUGCUGCCCGAGGAGGCGUUGUACCUCGUCGAAAGGGGCGCGAUCGAAUUGUGGACAAAGGCGACGGGCACCAAACAGGACGAACGAGGACCACGAGUGCCGAUGAGCGUGCAACAGGCGUGGGCAGAGUUGGUUGGCGCGGACGAAUUGACCAUCGAGAGGUAUCAGGUGCGUCGACUACCUAUACCGUUUGCCGCGUCACCAACUGAUCAAAUUGGAGUGUCUCCGCAGGUCUACGCGAACCUCCGACGACUAGGCUUCAUCCUCCACCGAACCAGGGCACCCGCACCCAAACCUCGCUCCACCUCCAGACCGACCCUCGCGCCCACACCGCCAAGAUCCUUCUCGCCUCGAACCGUCAUUCAAUGGAUUGCAUGGCCUCUGAUCCGAUUCCGCGAGCUCGUCGUCCACUUUGGUCGAUGGUGUUUCCCGACACCUCUGGCCCCCCACCUUCGUUUGACGGUGUCACGCGUGUUGAAGCCUAUGCAAGGUCGAAUGAAGAGCUUGGUCUCGGGGCACCGAUGGACGACCUAUGGUCAGUCUACUACUCUCCCCUGUUCACACCCUCCCAUAAUGCGGUGCUGAUCCUCCCGAUCGUCGCACAGAACAAAUCUUCUCUUGCCUGCGCAUCGUUCCGACAGGGCACGACACCCCCCUACCUCGACGAGCCCUGCCCCGCGCUCCCUCCCGACUCACACCGCUAGACCCCCUCCCCCCCACAGACCCUUCCCCCAACCCCUCCUCUUCGCUCCCACCCCUCUCAACCCACCCUUACCAACCCUUCUUCAACGUCUACAAGCCUAUCACCAAAUACCGCAAGACGGAUCCCCCACCCCCCGACUUUCAACUCGUCGUCAUCAACGCCUCCACUACCUCCAUGCCCGAUCUCUUCGAGUUGUUCGACAUGUUCGAACAAGUUCCACUCUCCACCACGGAGGAUCUACUGGCUCCGCCUCCCAGAGUCGUGCGACAUAACCUCGCUCCUAAAUCUACUCGACCUCCUCGAAAGACGUUCACUCCUCGAAGCGCCGAUUCCACCUCCUCCACAAAAAGUUGGCGAUCCUACCUCCCUUGGUCCCCCAAACGACGCACCGCUUUCGAACCUUCGGCGAUCCAAAAGAUGUCCAAAAAGGGAUCGAGCAUCUAUCCUCGUCUUAAAGUGGGGAGGAGGAGUAUUUUGAUCGCGGUGGUGGAUAAUGGGACGAUUUCGAUGAUGAGGUUUAGUGAGAAUGAGUUUGGGAAAUUGCCUUGGAUUGGACUAGGGAGAAAGGCUUGA